GUUAUAUUAAUGUAUUCUAUUUAAUCUGUCAACUUUAUUUAGAUCGAUCAUCGAUGGUGUGUUCUGCAGAGAAGACGUUUUUCAUUAACAACUGAUAGCACCAAUCUUAUUUAAAAAUUUGUGCAUAACAUCAGUAGCGCCACUUUCAUAGCUGAGUGUAACAUAAAACCAGCACCAUGGGCAACGAAAAUUCAAUUCCUAUGGAGCUGUGUUCAAAUUUCGACGCGGACGAGAUUCGGCGGCUCGGCAAGCGUUUCCGCAAGCUCGAUCUCGACAACUCGGGCGCGCUGUCCAUCGACGAGUUCAUGUCGCUGCCCGAGCUGCAACAGAACCCGCUCGUGCAGCGCGUCAUUGACAUCUUCGACGCCGACGGUAACGGAGAGGUUGAUUUCAAGGAGUUCAUCCAGGGAGUAUCGCAGUUCAGCGUAAAAGGCGACAAGCUGUCCAAGUUGCGGUUCGCGUUCCGAAUCUACGACAUGGACAACGACGGUUUCAUCUCCAAUGGUGAACUCUUUCAGGUUCUAAAGAUGAUGGUGGGCAACAAUCUCAAGGACACGCAACUGCAACAGAUCGUCGACAAAACGAUCUUGUUCGCAGAUAAAGACGAGGACGGCAAGAUAUCGUUCGAGGAGUUCUGCAACGUGGUCGGGAACACCGACAUCCACAAGAAGAUGGUGGUGGACGUUUAGGCCCCCAACCUUCGCUCUAGCUAGAACACUAUCCAAUUAAGCGCCCUCGCCUCCGGGUCGCCGAAGCUGAUGUUUGAGCGUUGGGCGUCACGAAACUAUUCGAAUCUUUCUCUGGUCUUUUAUAAAUAAACUAUUUUUUUUAGUCGUAA